AUGGCAUCUCAACGCAACUUGUUGAUUGGCGUGACCGGCAGCGUUGCUGCUAUAAAACUACCCGAAAUUAUAGGCGAAAUUAAACGCCACGCUGAGAAAAACGCGCAGAAAGUGGACAUAAGAGCAGUGGCCACGCAGUCUGCUAUCAAGCUCUUCAAAAAUUCCAUCGAAACCGCAGGCUGCGAAGUACUCAGCGACAACGACGUUGAGGCGCCGUAUACACGGGGAGAUCCUAUACUUCACAUCGAGUUAAGGCGCUGGGCGGACCUCUUCGUUAUAUGCCCAUUGGAUUGCAACACGCUUGCCAAAAUCGCGAAUGGCCUCUGCGACAAUCUUCUGACUGAUGUGGCCAGAUGCUGGGAUUUUAAGAAGCCGAUAUGGGUUUAUCCGUGUAUGAACCCUUUAAUGUUUCAGCAUCCAGUAACCGCCGAGCAUAUAUCUAAACUGCAAUCGUUCGGUGUUAAGGUAACAAUUGUUCUCAAACGCAAUACGCUAAACUGCUGGAGCACUCUGAAUGAGAGGCUGCGCGAAACGAAGCACGAAAUCAAUCGUGCCACGAGGGAGCUUGAGAGGCAGCGGCUGAAAUAUGAAAGGGAAGAAAAGACCCUUAUACAGAAGCUAAAAACUGAAGCCAAGAGUGGCCGUAUGCAGAAUGUGCGCAUUAUGGCCAAGGACCUUGUGCGAAGCCGCAAAUUGGCGCUGCAUUACGCCGCCAUGAAGUCACAGAUGGCGGGCAUAAUGUGCCAGCUCCAAAACGCGCAAAGCACAAACCUGAUGGCCUCCAGCCUCAAGAACGUCAACAAAAUCAUUUCAAAAGUCAGCAACAAGACCAACAUCGCUGAAUUUCAAAAGAUUAUUCAAUCGCUGGGAAGGGAGAGUGAAGUCAUCAACCUCAAGCUGGACGUUAUGUCCGAGGCGUUGGACAACUCCUUUAUGGACGUCGACAGCGUUGACGAGGAAGAGAGGAUCAUUUCACAGAUUCUAGAGGAGUUGGGAAUUGACGCGUCUGCGGCAAUUCCGUCAGUAACCGCCUCGCCCGUGAAAGAAUCGGCCACAACGGUGCCUGUUCAGGCGGAUCCGGUAGGCCCAAGGGAUGAGAUGCACGACUCACCUCGUCCCACGUCCGACGAUCCUGAUAGCAUCGAGAGCCGCAUCAACAAUUUGAGGGGCAAAAAGUAG